AUGCAGAAGAUGAAGCCCUCUGAAGGUGUUGGGUUUCUAAGCUUCUUUCUCCUGGGUGUACUGAGUAUUGUCUUAUUUGGAGAUGUCCAGUCAGAACCCGUUCCUCUACAGCAGCCCCAGACCAGCAAACAAGCGCAUGUUUCCCACAACAUCACGCUGGCUGUCAUUCUGCCUCAACACAACACCGACUACCCGUGGGCGUGGCCACGCGUUGGUCCCGCCCUCCUCCGUGCGCUGGACAGGGUGAACUCUGACCCUUCCCUGUUGCCGGGCCACCACUUACACCUGCUCUUUAACAGCAGCGAGAAUAGUGACGGGCUUUGUUCUGACUCGGUGGCACCCCUAGCGGCCGUGGACCUGAAAAUCUCUUACGAUCCAUGGGCGUUUAUUGGGCCCGGAUGUGACUACUCCUCGUCGCCCGUGGCCCGCUUCACCGCGCACUGGGACGUUCCCAUGGUAACGGCCGGGGCACCUGCAAUCGGCUUUUCGCUUUACAAGUCCAUCACCAACACGGGCCCCACCCAUAAGAAACUGGGCGAAUUCGUUGUGAGCAUGCAUAAGCAUUUUGGAUGGCACCGCCAUGCCAUGCUCCUUUUCAGUGAUAACAACAAUGAUGACCGGCCGUACUACUUUGCGCAGGAAGGGCUUUACACGGAGAUGCUCCAGUACAACAUCUCGACGGAGGAACUGAUUUUCAACGAGCAGGUUUUGCCCCCACCUCAGUUCAACGAUAUUAGCCAGCUCGCCCGCAUUGUGUAUGUGUGCUGCUUGUGGGAGACCUUCCGGAAGCUGAUGGUGGACUUUCAGAAGGAUGGCUUUCCUCAGGAAGAGUAUGCCUUCUUUUUCAUCGACCUGUUUGGACGCAGUGUGGAGUCUCAGCCAGCCAAACCAUGGGCCAAAGGGGACGCUGAUGACAAUAUCGCAAAGAAGGCCUUUAAAAGUGUGAAGAUCCUGACCUACAGAGAGCCACAGAACUCAGAAUACCGUGACUUUGUGUCCAGACUGAAGACAGAUGCCAUGAACAUGUUUAACUUCAGCAUUGAAGACUCUCUGAUAAACAUUAUCUCCGCUGAUUUCUAUGAUGGAGUGAUGCUGUACGCACACGCUCUGAAUGAGACACUGGGACAGGGAGGAGUCCGACCUCUAGGGAAGACAGUCACCAGUAGGAUGUGGAACCGCACCUACCACGGUGUAACUGGACUUGUUAAGAUAGAUGAGGAUGGUGAUCGGGAGACAGACUUUGCUCUGUGGGAUAUGACUGAUACCGAAACAGGAGUGUAUGAGAUUGUGGCUGUAUAUAAUGGCAGUAAGAAAGAGAUGGUGGAUCAGCCGGGGAGGAGGGUCCAGUGGCCGGGGGGCUCUCCCCCUCCCGACAUCCCUGAGUGUGGAUUUAAGAACGACAACCCUGCAUGUGUUGCAAAGAUGGUUGAAAUGCCCCAGAUGAUAUCGAUAGUGGUGUGUUUUAUCUUCAUCAUCAUCGUCACCAUCACAGUCUUCAUUUACAGAAAGCUGAAGUUGGAGAAUGAGUUGGUUGCCCAGCUGUGGAGGAUACAGUGGGAAGACAUUCAGAUAUGUAACAUGGACAAAGCACUGCGCAGGGCAUGUAGCAGGCUCACAAUGUCACUGAGGGGCUCCAACUACGGUUCCCUCAUCACCAUGGAGGGAAACUUUCAGAUCUAUACCAAGACUGGUUACUACAAGGGAAACCUAACAGCCAUUAAAUAUAUCAACAGCAAGAAACGCAUCGAGCUCACCAGGACGGUGUUAUUUGAGCUUAAACAUAUGCGUGAUGUUCAGAACGAACAUUUGACUCGUUUCAUUGGAGCCUGCAUUGACCCCCCCAACAUCUGCAUCCUCACUGAGUAUUGCCCCCGAGGCAGCCUGCAGGACCUGAUGGAGAGUGAAAGCAUUACGUUAGAUUGGAUGUUCAGGUACUCCCUAAUCCACGACAUUGUUAAGGGGAUGACAUUUCUCCACAACAGUGUGAUCGUUUCCCACGGCAACCUGAAAUCCUCUAACUGUGUGGUGGACAGUCGCUUUGUUCUGAAGAUCACAGACUACGGCCUAGCCAGUUUCCGCAAGGAACCCUGUAUAGAGGACACACAUGCUUACUAUGCCCGGAAGUUGUGGACCGCUCCAGAGUUGUUGCGUGCAGAGUGUCCUCCCCCAAGUGGGACCCAGAAGGGGGAUGUGUACAGUUUUGGGAUCAUCCUGCAGGAGCUGGCCCUUCUUAGGGGCGUCUUCUACCUGGAGAGUCCUCCUCUUAGUCCUAAAGAGAUUAUUGAGCGUGUGGAGGAGGGGAGGUGGCCGUACCUGCGUCCGUUGUUGUGUGCCCAGAGUCACAGUGAGGAACUGGGUGUGCUUAUGCAGCGCUGUUGGGCUGAAGACCCCUGUGAGAGACCAGAUUUCAGCCAGAUAAAACUUUUACUGCGCAAACACAACAGGGGCUAUGGCUCUAAUAUCCUGGAUAACUUGCUGUCACGCAUGGAGCAGUAUGCGAAUAAUCUAGAGGAACUGGUGGAGGAGAGAACCCAGGCUUACCAUGAGGAGAAACGCAAGGCUGAAGCCCUCCUCUACCAGAUCCUGCCCCAUUCCGUAGCGGAGCAGCUGAAGAGAGGAGAGACAGUGCAAGCAGAGGCCUUUGACUCUGUCACCAUUUACUUCAGUGACAUUGUGGGCUUCACCGCCCUGUCUGCAGAGAGCACACCAAUGCAGGUAGUCACCUUACUUAACGACCUGUAUACAUGCUUCGAUGCCAUCAUUGACAACUUCGACGUGUACAAGGUGGAGACAAUAGGUGAUGCGUACAUGGUGGUGUCUGGCCUGCCGGUGCGAAACGGAAAACUGCACGGACGAGAGAUCGCGCGCAUGUCUUUGGCUCUCCUGGAAGCCGUUCGUUCUUUUAGGAUACGCCACCGACCCAACCAACAGCUCCGUCUGCGCAUCGGCAUUCACAGCGGUCCUGUUUGCGCUGGCGUAGUCGGCCUGAAGAUGCCACGGUAUUGUUUGUUUGGGGACACAGUCAACACGGCCUCACGCAUGGAAUCUAAUGGGGAAGCUCUGAGAAUCCAUGUGUCAGAGGCCACGCGCACCGUGUUGGAGGAGUUCAACUACUUUCAGCUGGAGCUGAGAGGAGAUGUGGAGAUGAAAGGAAAAGGAAGGAUGAGGACCUACUGGCUGCUGGGAGAAAUCACCCCGAAUAACGCCUGA